UUGAGUAACUUUCCGAACGCAGUGGUUGACGCACGCACGAAAAUCCGCAAAAUUACACAAAAAAGUUAAGAAAGUAUAUUUUUUAAGUUUUAUGUAAAAAACGCCACAAAACUAAAUAAUAAAAUCAUUUAACUAAAAAGAGUGUCCUAAAAAUAUCUGGUUGUGAAAUAUUAAUUCGAAAUAGAUAGCCGUGUACAGUGUUUGAAGAAACUUUAAGUUUGUUUUUUGGUGUCAACAAGUUCACAUCCUUUAUUUGAAAGUUUAUGAAACAAGGCCGUGUUAAAAAGAUUUUCUUCUCCAGCGGAGAUACGAAGGGAAACUGUUAUGAUAGCACGGUAUAGCUCUAACAAUGGACGUGUCACAGAGCCAAUCCCACAACUUGAAUAGCUAGAAAACAUUAUAAAAACAAACCAAUUAGCGACACACCUGUGAAGAAAAAUAAUGUGACAUAACGCCAUCUAGCCGCUAAUGUACGAACUACGUAGACAGUGAAAGUGAAAAAAGAUCAAAAUGAAGUUGAAUUUGUUUAAGCGUUCUAUGAUUUUUGCGACGUUUUUCGGUUCGUGUUUGUGUAUUGCCUUGAUUGUGGCGUCUUUGGGGACUACGCAUUGGAUUGAUGCGCGUGCCCGAAAGACAUCAAAUCUGUUGGAAUCUGAAGGGAGGAUCAGUUUCGGACUUUUCGAAGGUCGGAAAGAACUGAACCCUGCGUAUGGCUGGAGGAUUUACGAUUUUAGCGUGAAAGCCGGUACACAUCCCGCUCGGAGAUGGGCGUGGUGCGGUACUGCCGCGUUAUUGGCGGCCUCCGUGCUAUCUGCGGGUGGCGCAUGCGUACUAGCCGCGUUGGGUUCAGCUGCGCGGGCGCGUUGUUCCCCCAAACCUUUACUCAUCAGUAAUUCUUUAGCAGUGCUAUUCAGCCUCGGUGCGAUAGCAGUUUGGCUGACGGAAUACUUCCUAAGACUGCAGCAUAACGUCAUGUCGGACGAAGACCUGGCCAACAGAUGGUCUUCUGACGAUACCGCUGACCUUGGCCUGUCCUUCUGGUUGGUGGUAGCAGCUAGUAUAACAGCAUUUGUGAAUGAUGUUUGUAUACUGAUUGCUAUGGCGGAUGGCCGAGACAUGGACACCAUAGCGCCAGCCUUAGAAGAAAAGGUCAACGGCGCCAUCAUGUUGUAUUAAACCAUAUUAUUAUUAUUAACACACCAUUAUAUGUCAAAUCACAUCUGACAAAGUUAUUUACAACUUUGUUGUUUGGAUUUAAGGUCGAAAAUCUAUCACAGAUAUCUGAAAUACACCAUAGGUACAAUCAAUACAUUGAUCACAUUGAAUUUGUAUUUGAGAAUACAUAACUAA